GCGCGGGGCCGGGGCCGGGGCCGGGGCCGGGGCAGCGGCGGCCGCGCCGGGCAUGGAGCUGGCAAGCCCGCGCUGAGGCGGGACGCGCCUGCUGGCCGCGAGCGGGAGGCUCUCCGGGUCCGGCGCGCGGGCUCCCGGCCGGGGCCGGGCAAACUUUUCUUUCUCUUUUGCCCUCUGCGGAGGCGCCUUCGGCGGCGGGCGGACCGACUCCUCGGCGCGGCGGGGCCGGGGCGGGCUGGCCGCGGCAUGAUGCGCGCCGUGUGGGAGGCGCUGGCGGCGCUGGCGGCCGUGGCGUGCCUGGUGGGCGCGGUGCGCGGCGGGCCCGGGCUCAGCGUGUUCUCCGGCCAGGCGGCGCAGCCCGACCCCUGCUCGGACGAGAACGGCCACCCGCGCCGCUGCAUCCCGGACUUCGUCAACGCGGCCUUCGGCAGGGACGUGCGCGUGUCCAGCACCUGCGGCCGGCCCCCGGCGCGCUACUGCGUGGUGAGCGAGCGCGGCGAGGAGCGGCUGCGCUCCUGCCACCUCUGCAACGCGUCCGACCCCAGGAAGGCGCACCCGCCCGCCUUCCUGACCGACCUCAACAACCCGCACAACCUGACGUGCUGGCAGUCCGAGAACUACCUGCAGUUCCCGCACAACGUCACGCUCACGCUGUCGCUCGGCAAGAAGUUCGAGGUGACCUACGUGAGCCUGCAGUUCUGCUCCCCGCGGCCCGAGUCCAUGGCCAUCUACAAGUCCAUGGACUACGGGCGCACGUGGGUGCCCUUCCAAUUCUACUCCACGCAGUGCCGCAAGAUGUACAACCGGCCGCACCGCGCGCCCAUCGCCAAGCAGAACGAUCAGGAAGCCGUGUGCACCGACUCGCACACCGACAUGCGCCCGCUCGCCGGCGGCCUCAUCGCCUUCAGCACGCUGGACGGGCGGCCCUCGGCGCACGACUUCGACAACUCGCCGGUGCUCCAGGACUGGGUCACGGCCACCGACAUCCGCGUGGCCUUCAGCCGCCUGCACACGUUCGGCGACGAGAACGAGGACGACUCGGAGCUGGCGCGCGACUCCUACUUCUACGCCGUGUCCGACCUGCAGGUGGGCGGCCGCUGCAAGUGCAACGGCCACGCGGCCCGCUGCGUGCGCGACCGCGACGACAGCCUGGUGUGCGACUGCAGGCACAACACGGCCGGCCCGGAGUGCGACCGCUGCAAGCCGUUCCACUACGACCGGCCCUGGCAGCGCGCCACGGCCCGCGAGGCCAACGAGUGCGUGGCCUGUAACUGCAACCUGCACGCCCGGCGCUGCCGCUUCAACACCGAGCUGUACAAGCUGUCUGGGCGCAAGAGCGGGGGCGUCUGCCUCAACUGUCGCCACAACACUGCCGGCCGCCACUGCCACUACUGCAAGGAGGGCUACUACCGCGACAUGGGCAAGCCCGUCACCCACCGGAAGGCCUGCAAAGCCUGUGAUUGCCACCCCGUGGGCGCUGCCGGCAAGACCUGCAACCAGACCACCGGCCAGUGUCCCUGCAAGGAUGGUGUGACUGGCAUCACCUGCAACCGCUGCGCCAAGGGCUACCAGCAGAGCCGCUCGCCCAUCGCCCCCUGCAUAAAGAUCCCCGUGGCACCGCCGACCACCGCAGCCAGCAGCGUGGAGGAGCCGGAAGACUGUGAUUCCUACUGCAAGGCCUCGAAAGGGAAGCUGAAGAUUAACAUGAAAAAGUACUGCAGGAAGGACUAUGCGGUCCAGAUCCACAUCCUGAAGGCGGACAAAGCAGGGGACUGGUGGAAGUUCACAGUGAACAUCAUCUCCGUGUACAAGCAGGGCACGAGCCGCAUCCGCCGCGGUGACCAGAGCCUGUGGAUCCGCUCGCGGGACAUCGCCUGCAAGUGUCCCAAAAUCAAGCCCCUCAAGAAGUACCUGCUCCUGGGCAACGCGGAGGACUCGCCCGACCAGAGCGGCAUCGUGGCGGACAAGAGCAGCCUGGUGAUCCAGUGGCGGGACACGUGGGCGCGGCGGCUGCGCAAGUUCCAGCAGCGCGAGAAGAAGGGCAAGUGCAAGAAGGCCUAGCGCGGAGGCAGCGGCGCGCCGGGCUGGCUGGCGGGCGGGCGGGCGGGGCCGAGCGCGAG